AUGUUGCCGCACAUGCAAGUUCUGAGAGAGCUUUUCCUUGGACAUAAUAAAUUAACCGAUUUCAACUUUAGUGAUUGUUCACGCUUGGAGAAACUUUACCUCAACGACAAUCAACUAACACAGCUGGAUUCCACUUCUUUCCAACAAUUACCCGAAUUAUUGGAGCUGCAGCUGAGUGGAAAUUUGAUUACUGAGAUUGGCGCGUAUACCUUCCAGUCACUGAUAAAACUUCGCACUCUAAAUCUCUCGAGGAAUGCAUUGACUUCACUUCCGGCAGAUGUCUUUAGCUCAUCAACUGAGCAGCAAUUCACAUUGCAACAAAUGGAUCUCUCUCACAACAACAUUAAUGUGCUCUUCGAAAACCAAUUCGAAUUGUUGGGUGGACUCCAGUUGCUGAAUUUAUCUGGCAAUAAAAUUGCCGUUUUGAAGAGUCCUCACUUUGCAGGUCUUACUUCGUUACGCAAUUUGCAUUUGCAGUCAAACGAUAAAAUGGAGCUAAGAGGACACACCUUUGCAACACUCAAGCAACUGGAGACGCUCGACUUGUCCCACAUUGGUCUCGAUAUUCUGGGCCCGCAUCUCUUCGGCUACAAACAGGUGGGCACGGAAGAUGCCUCUGGCUACAUGUCAAUGGCGCACAUGCGUAUACUUAAUCUAAACGGUAACAAAAUCCAGCAUCUGCACACUAGAAGUUUUGCGAGGUUGCCCUUUUUGGAAGAGCUCUCGCUGGCCAACAAUGGACUGCGUUUACUUCCCAUAAGUCUGUUUGCUUCAAUGCAACAACUGCAGAAGCUUAAUUUGAGUCACAAUCAAUUGGCAGAGAUAAGCAGCGAUAUUCUGAAGACUCUGAACAACAUCACCGAUCUGGAUAUUGGCUACAAUCAGCUUACAUUUCUACCUAAUCUGAAUGGGACGUUGCCCCAUUUGCAGAGUAUGACCAUAGAAGGCAAUCCCUGGCAAUGUGCUUGCCUGAUGGAAUUUAAGGAUUGGUUGAGGUCAAGCCAGGUGACAUCUCUACAGGAUGGAAGCGACGAAAAGCCAUUGUGUGUGGAGACAGCUUUGGAUUACUGUGAUCACAACGUGACGAAUGAUCGACGUAACGAUGCUAUGGAAGAGCUGAAGUUUUGGCAAGCAAUCGGAUGA